GCGGCGCUCAGAUCGGUCUGGAUUUUAAUGCACGCAUGAAGCAGCGCGGCGUCACACGGAGACUUCAAACGCGAUUAUACGAAGCUCUCGGUCAUUCGUAUACCUGCUUAUUCCCACACAAGCCUUCAAACGCCACCAUGACGGGCUCUGACAUCUCCCAGAUCCUGAAAGAAGGAGAGCUGGAGAAGAGAAGCGACAAUCUCCUCCAGUUCUGGAAGAGAAAGACCUGCGUCCUCACCUCGGACAGCCUGAACAUCUACGCGGAUAACCAGAAGAAAACCAAGAGCAAAGAGCUCAAGCUGCAGUCCAUCAAGAAGGUGGAUUGCGUGGAGCGAACCGGAAGGUUCGUUUACUUUACCAUCGUGACCACGGAUAAUAAAGAGAUUGACUUCAGGUGCUCGGGUGAGGAAAACUGCUGGAAUGCUGUCAUCACAAUGGCUCUCAUCGACUUCCAAAACAGAAAAGCCAUUCAGGACUUUAAAACAAGACAGGAGAUAGACGACACGUCUCUGGGACGACAAGAGAAAUGCAAAGCCAGAGCACCAUGAGAUGUUCAUCCAAGCCAUACAUGAGAUACGUCAGACUGAAUCUUGAUAAGCUUGGACCAAAGCAUGGACAAUGUCGGCAUGUCUGGAAACAGCCCAUGUGCUUGGGGCAAGGACGUCCCCAAAAACGCUCCGCUGAAGGUUUUUGGAAACCUGACACGAUUUCAACAUGAAAACCCUCGAAAAGACUGAACUCUUGAACUUUAUUAACCGCAGAGUCGAUGAGGCUUUGGAUAUACGUGUAAAUUAUUUAUUUUUCCAGAGGAUCGCUGCGAAUACCAAUGUUGUAUUAAGUUAUUUCAUUUAUGUAUUUAUUUAAAUAAAUUUUCACGAAACAUA